UGUUGGGAAAUUGCUUCCAGGCUGCCCUGAAGGGCUACCCAUGCAAGAGCAGAAUUGACCCCUUGGAUGGGUACAUCAACAGGUGGGUGGUAAGAUGAGACACCAACUUCUGCCCAAAAGUGGGAGGCUGCAGGCCCAGGCGGCUCGAUUACGAAGCAUCAUGGCAAAUAGCAUGAGCUGCAUGUCCCCAAAAUAGCCCAGGGCAGUCUUUAUAAUGUGGUGCUCCCAGAGAACCAUCAGUCUUGGGCCAAGGGCCUGUAGGCGAGCUGUGAGUGCCGGUGCCACGUCCUGCAUGUGACCCAGCAGUGCGGGAGAGCACGGCGGCUGCCGCGUCCCUGCGGCGUGGGGACACGGACACGACGCGCCAGCACAGAUCUGCAGCCAGGAAGGCCUCUGAGGGCAGGAGAGGAGGCAGCAGGGCAGUGAGGGGCUGGGCUGCGUGUUGAGCAGCCCCCAUGCCGCUGUGCCUGAAGGCUGCCGUCAGCAUGAGGGACUAUUGCCCCGCCAUGCCGCGCUAUGGUCGGUGCACACCGCGGCUGAGGGCCUCCCGCACCGUGCGAUUCCCCAACGACGUCGUCUUUCAGGACCACAUCAAGCAGGGGGACCUCGAGCAGGUGGGCAGGUUCAUACGAGCCAGGAAGGUGACACUGGACACCAUCUACCCUUCUGGCAUGGCAGCGCUGCAUGAAGCCGUGCUGACGGGAAACCUGGACUGCGUCAAGCUCCUGGUGAAAUACGGCGCUGACAUCCACCAGAGGGACGAGAACGGCUGGACGCCCCUGCACAUGGCCUGCAGCGACGGCUACGCCGACAUCGCCAGGUACCUCCUGUCCCUUGGGGCCAGCCUGGAGGUCACCACGGACGACGGGGAGAAACCCUCGGACCUCAUCGACCCCGAGUACGAGGACCUGGUGCAGCUGCUGGGAGGCGCCGCGCUGCGCUGAGGGGGGCACGGCCAACACCGAGCGCCUGGGGC